AUGCUGCGGAAGCGAGGUCCCUGCGAGGAAUCUCGCCGAGCCAGCGCACGAGAGCAUGCUUUCUGGGACACCCAGCCGGUUCCGUCGAUGAGCGCUGAGUAUGACCAGGAUACCGGGCCGCUUGAUGUCACAAAGACGCCCGAUGAGGUGCGUGCUGAGCCAUAUCCUCUGCCGGCCCAGUUUGAGUGGUGCACCUGCGAUGUGGAUUCGGAGACUGAGAUCUUGGAGGUGUAUACCCUUUUGACGGAGAACUACGUGGAAGAUGAUGACAGCAUGUUUCGCUUUGACUACUCCACGGACUUCUUGCGAUGGGCUUUGAAGCCACCAGAGUACUUGAGGAACUGGCAUUUGGGCGUUCGUGUCAAAGGUGGUGGCAAGCUUGUCGGCUUCAUCACUGGAAUCCCUGCGAACAUUCAGGUCUUCGACAAAGUGGUCCAGAUGGCAGAGAUCAACUUCCUCUGCGUGCACAAGAAGUUGCGCUCCAAAAGGUUGGCUCCGGUUCUUAUCAAGGAGAUAACUCGCCGCGUGAAUCGCGAGAAUGUAUGGCAAGCGGUGUACACCGCGGGCGUGGUUUUGCCAAGACCGGUCAGUGAGUGCCGAUAUCACCAUCGAUCCUUGAACCCGAAGAAGCUCAUCGAGGUUGGAUUCUCCCACCUUGGUGCGCGCAUGACGAUGGCCCGGACCAUCAAGCUGUACAAGGUGCCAGAAAGCUGCCAGCUUUCCGGCAUGCGAGAGAUGAAGAAGGACGACGUGCCACGAGUCCAUGGUCUGGUGUCCAACUACUUGAAGAAGUUUCAACUUCACCCAGAGCUCUCACCGGCGGAGGUUGAGCAUUGGAUGCUGCCACGGCCAGGCGUCGUCUACUGUUACGUCCGUGAGAACGAGAAGGGCGAGGUCACCGAUGUGUGCUCGUUCUACAACCUGCCAUCGUCCAUCCUAGGCCAUGAGAAGCACACUAUCCUCAAGGCAGCUUACUCAUACUGGAACGUGGCAACUACCGUUCCCUUGCAGGACUUGAUGUAUGACGCCCUUAUCUUGGCCAAGCAGCAGGACUUCGACGUGUUCAACGCGCUGGAUGUCAUGGAGAACGAAAGCUUUCUCAAGGACCUCAAGUUUGGCAUCGGGGAUGGCUAUCUGCAGUAUUACCUCUACAACUGGAAGUGCCCGAAAAUUGAGCCGGGAAACAUGGGCCUAGUGUUGCUGUAG